AAUACGAGCUUAUUGUUAACAACAACUCGCUAUGACUGAACGCCAGGAAGUGCCGGCUACUUUUAUAAAUGAUAAAGCCAGUUUAUAAUGACAUCGAUCAAAGAAGAUGAAAAGAAAGAAAUUCCGCAAUUUAUACACGAUCCGCAAACAAAUAGCACAUAUCAAAGACUGAGGUUCUUCGGCAAGGGUGGAUUCGCAAAAUGUUACGAAAUACAAGAUCUCGCCACAAACCAGAUUUAUGCUGGCAAAAUAGUGUCCAAAACGCUUAUGGUGAAAUCCAGCCAGAAAGAGAAGAUGGCUCAAGAGAUCUCCAUACAUAGAUCACUACAGCAUGCACACGUUGUUGGAUUUCAUGGUUUCUUUGAAGACUCAUUGAACAUUUACAUUAUUCUUGAGCUGUGCAAGAGACGGUCUAUGAUGGAACUGCACAAGCGUAGAAAAGCUAUAACGGAACCGGAAACACGGUUCUACAUGCACCAGAUUUUGUUGGGAGUGCAGUACCUGCACCGCAAGCGUAUCAUACAUCGGGACCUGAAACUUGGCAAUCUCUUCCUUGAUGAUGAUCUCCAUGUCAAGAUUGGAGACUUUGGUCUUGCCACCAAACUUGAAGUAGAAGGAGAGAAAAAGAAGACUCUUUGCGGCACCCCAAAUUAUAUAGCACCAGAGAUUUUGACUAAAAAAGGACACUCUUUUGAAGUAGAUGUGUGGAGUUUGGGAUGCAUCAUGUACACAUUGCUUAUUGGCAAACCACCAUUUGAGACAUCCACUCUGAGGGAUACUUACAAAAGAAUAAAGCAAUGUGAAUACAGGAUCCCGUCAUCGCUUCGAAAGCCAGCGGCCUCAAUGAUAGUCCUGCAGCUGCAGUCUGACCCCUCACUCCGGCCAUCCGUUGACAAGCUCCUUCAACAUGAGUUCUUUACAUCGGGCAUCAUGCCUGCUGCUCUGCCGCUCUCUUGUCUCACCACCGCCCCACGUACCGACCAGCUGGAGGGUGUAACACUGAACAGACGUCCACUUAAUGAAGUUAACGCUAAUGGUAACAUCAUGGCAGUGGAUUCGCCUGUGAAGCGCGCGCCGCCCGCCGAACUGCGCUCGGUGGAGCCCACGUCACACAAACAGAAUCUCAUAGCGCUGCGAGAUCAACUCGCUACAUUACUUACUAGCAAGCUGAAAUGCCGUCCGGAGUGUCUGAACGACGACAUGAGCGACCCGGCCGCUCAGCCGCUGGUGUGGGUGGGCAAGUGGGUGGACUACAGCGACAAGUAUGGCUUCGGCUACCAGCUGUGCGACGAGAGCGUCGGCGUCAUGUUCAACGACACCACCAAGCUCAUCAUGUUGGCCAAUGGAGUAAAUGUGCACUACAUUAACAGACAAGGGCAAGAGCAGUAUGUGACUAUGCGGGAAUACCCACAGGAGCUCGACAAGAAAAUGAAACUAUUGACAUACUUUAGAAGAUAUAUGACAGAACAUCUUAUGAAAGCUGGCGCCUCAGUCCCGGUGCGGGAGAGUGACGGACUAUCGCGUCUGCCGCAUCUGCACCAGUGGUUCCGGACGACGCUGGCGGUUAUCAUGUACCUCACUAAUGGAACACUACAGAUAAACUUCCAAGACCACACGAAAAUAAUACUCUGCCCCCUUAUGCAAGCGGUGACUUACAUCGACGUCGACAAGAACUUCAGAACAUUCCGUUUCAGUACAAUAGAGGAGCACGGCUGUGAUAAGAAACUAUACACGAACCUCACAUACGCACUAGAGAAACUAAACAGUGUAUUAGCUAAUAAAAUGUGCUAGU